CCCGGAGCGGGCGGCCGCGGCAGCCCCGCGCCGCACUUUUCCCCCUCCGCACAAGAAAAUGAUCAAGUCAAUCAUGUGGACAUGCUUCAUUAUUCAUUGAACACAAUCUUUUACAACGCUCCGUUUACGUGCGGGAGUUUCUUCUACGCUUUGCUUUAAAUUUUAAGGUUUUAUUUUUCCAGUUGUGACCUUCAGUACCUAUCCAGUGUCUUUUAAGAAUUUCCUCAUCCAGGGAACAGAUUCGUUGGCUUAAUAAUUGCAAAGGGUCUACAAGAGUGUUGGUUGCCCAUUGAUUAAAGAAUUGACUCUCCCCACACUCCAGCCAGAUGGAGAAACCAAGGCAAAGAGGUUAAAGGAUCUCUCCUGAGCUCCAGAGUGUGUUGAUGUCUCUCCCCUCUCCUUAGACAUGUGCACAGACUACUAGACUUCUCUGCUCUGGCUGCAGGGAAGUGGGACGCCCCCUUGGCAAUCUGUCAGUGCCAACCUGAGCCACGUCCUUUCACUGGGUAUUUUCUAAGCUGGCUGACAGUCCUUAAAACAAGUAUGCAGUUAAGCUGCUAAGAGAUGGAGGAAGCUAGUUUGUGCCUUGGUGUUUCUUCAGCUGUGCCAGAAGCUGAUGCCCAUCUCAACAGCACCAUUCUCAAUGGGCAAUAUUCAAUGAGUCAGAAGCUGCACCAGAUCACUUCCCAGCUCAGCCAUGCCUUCCCGGAGCUCCAGAACAGGCAGAAUCCCGAGGAGAAGGCGUCAGUGCCACUAGAAGACAAAAGUCACAUGUCCAUAGCGAACCAGCCCAUCAGCAGCCAGAUGGCCCUGCUGGCAAACCAGCUCAACAGGGAGGUUGACACCAGCUUGAACGGGCGUGUGGAUCUGCAGCAGUUCUUAAAUGGACAGAACCUAGGGAUCAUGUCUCAGAUGAGCGACAUCGAGGAUGACGCCAGGAAAAACCGAAAGUAUCCCUGUCCUCUCUGUGGGAAACGCUUCCGAUUUAACAGCAUCCUCUCGCUACACAUGCGAACUCACACUGGAGAGAAACCGUUCAAAUGUCCCUACUGUGACCACAGAGCAGCUCAAAAAGGCAACCUGAAGAUACACUUGCGUACUCACAAACUUGGAAACCUUGGCAAAGGUCGUGGAAGGGUGCGAGAAGAAAACAGACUUUUACAUGAGCUGGAGGAGAGAGCAAUUCUUCGGGACAAGCAGAUGAAGAGCAGCCUCUUGCAGCCACGACCCGAUGUGAAAACACAGCAGCACACCCAGCCGAUGCCACUCGCAAACUGUAACUUGUCUGUGCCACCUAAUCACAACACACCUGAUAUUUCAAACCCUGUUCCCUCUCCAAAGCCAGUCAGUGUCCAGGAAGAAGUUGUCUCUCAGACAGCUGGGUUCAGAUGCACAUUUUGCAAAGGCAAGUUUAAGAAGCGAGAAGAGCUGGACAGGCACAUAAGGAUCCUACACAAGCCUUACAAGUGCACUCUGUGUGACUUUGCUGCCUCGCAGGAGGAGGAGCUGAUCAGCCACGUGGAGAAGGCUCACAUAACUGCAGAGUCAGCACAGGGCCAGGGCUCCAACGGGAAUGGGGAGCAAUCCACCAAUGAGUUUCGUUGCGAGGUGUGUGGCCAAGUGUUUAGCCAAGCCUGGUUCCUAAAAGGCCACAUGAGAAAGCACAAGGAUUCCUUUGAACACUGCUGUCAGAUCUGCGGGAGGCGAUUCAAAGAGCCUUGGUUUCUUAAAAACCACAUGAAAGUUCACCUGAAUAAGUUAUCUGUAAAGAACAAAUCUCCUAAUGAUCCUGAAGUACCUGUCUCCAUCAGCAGCAUGUCCCAGGAAGCUCAUGCAAACUUGUAUUCAAGAUAUCUGUCAUGUUUGCAGAGUGGGUUUCUUCCUCCUGACAAAGCGAGGUUAAGUGAACAAAAUCAAAUCUACAACAAAGGAGAUAUGCCCAUGAAAGAGAAAGAAGUCUUGGGGAAGCUCCUUUCGCCCAUUUCUGGCAUUGGCCACAGUAUUGCCGAGGGGGAUAAACAUUCUUUAUUGGGCUGUCUCAAUCUGGUGCCUCCUCUGAAAUCCAGCUGUAUAGAAAGGUUACAAGCUGCUGCCAAAGCAGCAGAGAUGGAUCCAGUAAACAGCUAUCAGGCCUGGCAGCUUAUGGCAAGGGGAAUGGCCAUGGAACAUGGCUUUUUGUCUAAAGAGCAGCAGAUACAGCGCAGCCACGAAGACACUUUGGCAAAUGCUGGAGUUAUGUUUGAUAAGGAGAAGCGGGAGUAUGUGUUAGUAGGAGCAGAUGGCUCUAAGCAGAAAAUGCCUGCUGAUUUGGUUCACAGCACUAAAAUGGGCAAUCAGAGAGACUUGCCAAGCAAACUAGACCCUUUAGAAGGCAGCAGAGAUUUUUUGUCACAUGGUAUGAACCAGGGACUCGAUUACAACUUACAAAGUCAUGGAAACAUAAAAGAAAAGCCAACUGAAUGCCCAGACUGCGGAAGGGUUUUUAGAACAUACCACCAAGUGGUUGUUCACUCCAGGGUCCACAAAAGAGACAGGAAAGGAGAAGAUGAAAUAAUUCAAGGUAGUCUCGAUGAGCGGCGUGGGUCUGGAAGUGAUCAAGAGUCUCAGUCUGUCAGCAGGUCGACAACACCAGGGUCCUCUAACAUUACUGAAGAAAGCGGAGUAGGUGGGGGUCUCUCGCAGACAGGGAGUGCUCAGGAGGACAGCCCUCAUCCUUCCUCACCCUCCUCUUCAGACAUUGGAGAAGAAGCUGGGAGAUCUGUAGGAGUCCAGCAGCCAGCUUUACUGAGAGACAGGAGCCUUGGUUCUGCCAUGAAAGACUGCCCAUAUUGUGGAAAAACUUUCAGAACAUCCCACCACUUAAAGGUCCACUUGAGAAUACACACAGGUGAGAAGCCUUACAAGUGCCCACAUUGUGACUAUGCUGGCACUCAGUCUGCAUCCCUCAAAUACCACUUGGAACGGCACCAUCGGGAGCGACAGAACGGAGCAGGACCGCUCUCUGGGCAGAGUGCAAGUCAGGAACACAAGGAUGAGACACCAAGUAAAAGUUCUGUGUUUAUUAGACCAGAUAUAUUGAGAGGAGCCUUCAAGGGACUUCCUGGUAUCGACUUCCGAAGUGGCAUGGUCUCACAGCAGUGGACGUCAGGAAUGCUGUCUUCUGGAGAUCAGCAAGGACAGGCAGCUGGCAUGUCAUCUGAAGGAUCAGAAAAUAUGAAGGGUUCAGAUAUAUCUUCCAAAGGAACACACUUCUCUGAACUUGGCCGUGCUUACCAGAACAUGGUCGGGAAUGGUGUGAACUUUCAAGGGUCUUUGCAAGCUUUCAUGGACAGCUUUGUCCUAAGUUCUUUGAAGAAAGAAAAAGAAAUGAAGGAUAAAGCUCUCUCAGAUCCACUUUCAGCAAAAGCUCUGGGCUCAGAUGGUGGUGAGGAGAAGAUAAAUAGCAAGUCCUCACAGCGGAAAACAGAAAAGUCGCAAUACGAGCCUCUGGACUUGUCGGUAAGGCCUGAUGCAGCCUCCCUGCCAGGGUCCUCUGUCACUGUACAAGACAACAUUGCUUGGCAUGGCUGCUUAUUUUGUUCCUUUACAACUUCAUCCAUGGAGCUGAUGGCUCUGCACCUCCAAGCCAAUCACUUGGGCAAGGCUAAACGUAAAGACAGCAUCAUAGGCAACAACAAAGAGCAGUCUAGAGAAGUUUCAGCCUCGGUGAACAAAGUGAGCUUGCUCCCCUCCUCUGUGCAGUCCAGCAAGGAGGCAGGAGUUUCAAACAUGCUGAGCCAGCUGGACUCAGCUCCUGAGAAAAUGACCCAAGGACAAAAUAAAGAGACCCUGGGAGAGCAAAAGAGCGCUGCCUGGCCCAGCCACAUGGAAUCCACUUUUUGUAACUUUACAACAGACUUCUAUAAGCAGUUCGGUGUUUAUCCUGGUGUUAUUGGCACGGGAACACAAAAUUCUUGCACCAGUAAUGAAUCCGAAAUAAAAACACAAUCUGAAGAUGACCCAAAUAUUCUGCUCUCUGACUCUGUAAAUAAAAGUGCUAUUGAUGACCUUUCUGACAUAGCUUCAUCUGAGGAUAUGGAAUCUUCCAAGGAAGAAAACAUUGAAGAUGAGGACAUUGACACAGAACCAGAUAUUAUGAAUAAGCAGUUGUCUGCCCUAAAUAAAGAAAGCAGUGAAGGAGGUGACAAUAUACAAAGUGCAGUCACCUCACAACCCACACAAGGGCUUGUAUCACCACUGCCACAAGCUUCAGAAAAGCAGUGGCACAGUCAGAAUCUUCUCUCCUCCCACGAAACUGCACAAGAAGUGAUGAAACCCGACCAAGUUCAGGGUCCGCAGGUCCUGGAGAAGCAGAUGAACAUGUUGUCAGUCCUAAGAGCUUACAGCUCUGAUGGCUUAGCAGCCUUUAAUGGACUUGCAAGUAGCACAGCAACUAGUGGAUGUAUCAAGAGACCUGACUUGUGUGCAGAAUGAACAGAAAGAGAAAAAAAAAAAGCAUCUAUAAUUUUAGAGUUACUCCUGAACUGUGCUUGGUUUUGGAAUGUCAGGUGAUUCUAUCUAGGAGUGGAUCUUGUCAGCCUUUGUUGACACUCAGUUCCAAAGAAGAUGACAGGCCUUUCCUUGCUGCUUGGUAGCCAGUUGCCCCACAGGGAGGAAGGAAGACCCAAGGUCCACGGCUUAGUAGCUGCCUUGAACAUCUGCUACUCUGUACAUCUUGUACUCUGCUUUCACAGCCCUUGCUGAUUUGACAAGUUAAGCUUGGAGGUUCUAGACCUAUUUUGUAUUUAAGUUUUGAAAGAUCUGUUUUCCUUUCCACUUAUGCUCUUCUCUUUUUCUGCUUGUCUUAUAUACACGUAGUUGUAUCACAAUAAUGUUCCAAUACAUUAAUUUACUUGUGAUUUGUGCACAAGACCCUUUAUGGCAAGACUCUUUAUCCCUUCUCUCCCUCCUCCCCUUUAUAUUUCUCUGCUUUGUGACCAACAUGGUAAAAUUUCCCUACUUGCAUUUGCUACUUGGGAAGUACUUAGGCUUUCAAAGGAGAGCUGAUGGGCUACGGAACUACUGGCCAGAGGUAGUCCUGGGCAUUAGCUGGCUGCCUAAUGGUUAGUGCUAUUGAAUCCACACUUAAUGAUGUCCAAAAGUAUUAGUUCCAUGUUGUCUCUAAAUCUAAUUUGCUUCCAUUCAUGCUUGCUUUCCUCUGCAAUUAGUGCUGUUUUCUCCUGCACAGGCUCCACCCCAUUAUCACUUCUUUCACUGUAUGAAAACAGGGCAGGGCCCCUCUGAUGCAUGGGAGUAGCUUUAGAGUUCUGCUCCUGCAAAGGGCUGAGCACUUUCAGUUUCCUUUGCAGCAGAAAGCUUUCAGCAUUGCACAGAAUUAUUAAAAUGUUCAGCAUUGUAACUUUCUGAAAUACCUUCCAAAUGUGGAACUAUAGCGCAGACAAGAGGGCUGGGCAAGGGGAAGAUCAAUUGUGGCAGAUUAUUACAGCUUUAUUGUCACAUAAUUAUAGUGCUCUACCCCAAUGUUUAAAUAGUGAAUUUAGUUAUUGUAAAUUGCUUAUUGCCACAGGUGUCAAAACCAAAAAGAUCAUAAUGCUAACCCCACCAGAACUGCCACCAACACGUGAAACACAGAAAAAUAUUUUUAAUUAUUUGUGAUGGCUUCACCUGAAUCCUUAUUGCAGAUCUUUUAAACUACAAAAUCCGUAUUAAGAAGCAACAGGCCUGAUAUAUCCAAGCUCUAGGACAGCUCCAAGGCAUUGGAAGGUCAUCCUACAGCAGCAAAUUGUAGCACUGCCCAUUUCAAGUAUCAUGUAACACACUUAAGGAAUGCUUUAGCCUGAUCUGUGGUUGGAGGAGCAACCAGGAUAUUCUUUUCCUACAUGGCAGAAUGAAACUAUAUUUAAGUUUUACAGCAGACUUUUCUUUGCCCCGUUAUCGUGCUUUUGAAGAGGUUUCUUAGUUUCAGUUAAGAGGUCCAAGGUCAGCUUUUAGAGUACGAACUGUUCCUCUGAACGGGAGAUCAGCACCUCAGCCCCUGCCUGGGUUUCAAACACACUUCUGGAUGUCACAGUGCCAUUUGCAUGGCAAUAUCAAACCAAACUCAUAUGGCUUGCUUCCUUUUUUUAAUUAACUGGGAAUGCCAGUGAUCCAGUGAAGUUUGUGUUGCUGGAUAAAAGGGCCGGUCUGUGAAUAGCAUUGUAUUUGCCAAAUGGUUCGCCAGUCAUUUCAGUACAAACAAAUGGAUGGUGUCUGUAAGUCUGCAAACACUGUUGACAUUUAGCCUUGUUUAUGUUACUUUCCUUUUGCUGCAUAUUUUUGGCUAGAAGAGAUACUGUCUGAAUCAACAUUGACUUCCUAAGCAGAAGCUAAGGGCCCAGUCUUGCAUCCCUCAUUCUCGAUGAGUAGCACUACUUACAUGACUAAGGAUUGCAGAAUCAGGUCCUAUGUUUAUUUGACUUUAAAUUUCAUUGCUUUUUUCAUGUAGUUUAAUUUGAUUGUAUUUUGUUGUAUCAGAAAUCGGUCAGGUGAUAAGUUCAGUAUCACCAUUUUGUUUACUGUGGAAAACUUUUAGUUCUUACCAUUCUUCAUACUGUGGUGUGACAUUCCCAUUCCAUUUAUGUUUCUGGAAAUUAACCCCUAAAAUAUCUGACACAGCUAAGUGCUGAGUACCUCCUAUUCCCAGAGAGACUGGAGGCAUUCAGUCCCUCCUAGCAGCACAUCUGAAAGGGGGAUUGUGUUUGCAAAAGGAGGCCUUGGUAUGUGCCUUGAUUUCAGACAUCAGUGGCCAGCCGCACCAAGGCAAAUCCCUAGCACAGAAAGGCUUUUCUUUUCUUUGCAGAGACAAAAUAAUGAUGUAAGCUUAGAGCUGUAUGAUUUUUGCUCUAAGUUUCAUCUCCCAAACAAUAUAUUCUUAUUGUUUUUGUCAUAUCCAGGUCAAAUUUAAAUUAUAAUUUAGGAUUAGGCAGAGGCAUAGAGAUGUUUCCAGGUCUUUCCAAAGUGAGACAAUGCUCUGGUUUGUGUUUUGGUUCAGGAAUAUACAUUCUUGUCUGAGGUAUAGUAUUUCCUACAACUACUCAUAAACAUGAGCAAUUUAGACAUUCUUGUAAGUCAAAACUAAGUGUACAAUUAAUACCUAUUAUGAGGCCAAUUUUAAACAAUUAAUUUGACGGCAAUUAUAAUUUUAUGUUACAGGCUUUCAGGAAUAAAUAACUAAAUUCAUCCUCGUAAUCUAAGGAACUUAGGAUAUCUUUAUGCUGAGAUGAUCUUUACAGUAUUGCAUAUCUGGAAUUUCUGAGGUUUGCUCCCACCUAUCUAGAUGCCUGUAGUGCCAGGGAUAAAUAUUACCUGAGGCUUAUUAAUUGUUUCAGCAAAGAAAAAAAUAUAUACCUUAAGUGUAAGCAUUAAUAUAUGUAUACACAAUACAUCCACAAUAUAUAACAAACCAUCAUAAUAGUACAAAAAUAGAGGUCCUGAAUAUGUUCUGUUAUUUAUGUGUUUGGCAAGCUUAGGGAAUGGACUUUAGUAUGAGUGAAAAUUCUCUUAACAUUUUUAAGGUUAUUUAUUGUCAUUUCUAUUUGAGUUUUUAAUGGUCCUGUAUUUUGUAAUGCUUUAGCAGGAAAAAAUACUGUAGUUAUCUUUUUUCGUAUUCUUUAAGCAAUAUUUCUAGCUUAAUAUAUUGUGCCAGGUUUUCCAAUAUUAACCAAGAAAGACAGUAAAAUUCAAUGAACAGCACUCUGACAUCCACAAUUUAAAACCUGUGAUUGAAGUGAAAUGUGUAAACUUCUAGUGGGUUAUCAUGUGCUUUGGAAUAGAGUAUUGUUGGAAGUAAUUAGAAAAUAUAUUAAGGUUUCCUGGUAAUGAAGGUAUGUAAGUUUUAAUAAUUGUUGCUUUCUGAAUAAGUGUCAAACUAUAUCUUUAAAUGUAUAUGGAGUUACAAGUUAGGUCACUUCUGAAUGGAAUGUAAAACAAUACUAAAAUGCUUCAAUAACUUAUCUCAGUGUUGCUAAUAAAAAAAAAAAGCUGUUAACCAUUA